UGAUUAAAACCGCUCCAGUUCCAAAUUUCCCCAUUUUUCCUCUCUCUCAUAUUCAACUCUCUAAGAAACCUAACACUCAACCCAGCCAAAAUCCUCCCAAAUUUCACCAAAAUAACUCACCCAAACACAACCCCACACCAUUUUCGGUCCAUUCCUCUAAGAUUCGUGCAUAGUUAUACAAAAUGGUGAGGAGUAAAAGAGUUGUAAAGAAAGCAAGGGGGCAGGCGGCAAGCACGUUUGGAAGGCGUCGAAGGGCUGGGCAAAGUCCUGAGGACAGUGGUGAAAGCACAAACACGGAGCAGAGGCGGAUCAAUUUAGGACACCAUAUUAUGAGACAAAUGGUGUAUUAUAAGGGUAGAUCGACACUCGCACUAGUGUAUGGCACUCUCAUCACAUUACUUAUGGAAAAUGCGGGUGUUGAUUUGCGUGGUAUGGAGUCCCGAGACCUACACAGUCACGAGCUUUUGAAUGAGAGUUCAUUGAACAAAAUGGGGUAUGUAUUCAGUGCAAGAACAAAUUCUUGGGAAAUGAAGCAAAAAAUGAGAAGAGGAGGACAAGAUGAUGAAGGUGAGGGGUUUGAUGAUGAAGAACAUGCCGAAGAAACUGAAGAAGCAGGUCCCUCACAAGCUACUUCAUCUCGAGUUCCUCAGAGAUUCACCACACAAAGAGGAAUGCAACUCAUUCUCAAGAGACUUGCACGGAUUGAAUCAAAGCUCGAUGAUCACAUUCGCAAUUGUCAGAUGGCAACACCUAUAGGUCCUCAAGGGACAAGAGGAGAUCCGUCUACUGCUGGCACAUCUUCUGGACAACAACCCACUGAUCCCUUUUCAAAUCCGAAAGCAUAAAUCCUCCCGUUGUAGUUGUUGAUGGCUGUUAAAUUAUCAUUUUAAUGUUUGAACACUCUUUUGAAGGUUUUCUUAAUGUAUUGACUUUUUAUAUUUUUGAAUAUGUACAUAUAAUGUUGACAUUAGAUGCAAUUUAAUUGAAUGCAGAUUUUAACAUCAAUGAGCAUAGCAUAAUUGUGAUGAUUUGUAUUGGUUGAUUAUGUUCUUGAUGUGCUUCCAUUGAUGGCAAGUAAGUUGGUAGUCCAUAGUGUGCUUGA